AUGGGUGUAGCGUCAACACUCAUGUCGCGAUUCUGUAGGAUCUUACCACCACUUACUAUCAUCACGAUAUGCUUCUACUUCCUCAUCAAGCUCUCCCUCGUUUCCAACGCAGCUGUACCGGAUCCCGAGAGAUGGAAGAAUCACGCCUUGGACUUUGUUGAAGAAGACGAAGAAGGCUACACUCCGACAUUCGAGACGACUGUUGUUCCAACACCUCGUCAGACCUCAGCAGCGCAUAUCGAAGAUCUUGAGAAUAAGGGCGAGAUUGGAGACUUUGCUGACGACGAUGAGUUCCUCCCUUUUGUUAACAUUGAAGAUGAUGGGGAUUGGGAUGAGGAGGAUCUGCAAGAGAUGAGUGGCGGGAAGUUUGAGAAUGAGAUCGUUGAUGAUGGAGGCGACUGGUCUAGGUUCGCUUACAUCCAGUACGUAACGAACGAGGAUUACCUUUGUAACUCGGUCAUGAUCUUUGAAGCGCUGCAUCGGUUGGGGAGCAAAGCAGAUAGGCUAUUGAUGUAUCCGCAGGAGAUGCUUGACCCAGAGGCCCAGCACGCAAGCUCACAUGGUGGAAAGCUUCUCAUCAGAGCAAGAGAUGAGUACAAUGUCACUCUUCAACCCAUUGAGAUCCAACACCGCGAUGGACAAGACGAAACCUGGGCCGAUUCUUUCACCAAACUCCUCGCCUUCAACCAGACCCAAUACGAACGCGUCCUCUCCCUUGACUCAGACAGCACAGUCCUCCAACACAUGGACGAACUCUUCGAACUCCCCCCUUGUCCCGUCGCAAUGCCCCGCGCAUACUGGCUCUACAACGACAACCCACCCAAGAAGAUCCUCUCCUCCCAGCUCAUGCUAAUCCAACCCGACGAGGUUGAAUUUGAGCGUAUUGUCCAAAAGAUGAAUAGCAUCGGGCCAAACGACUACGACAUGGAGAUCGUUAACAGUUUAUACCUCGACAGCGCUCUUAUUCUGCCUCACAGGAAGUACGAUAUGCUCACCGCGGAGUUUAGAGCCAAAGACCAUUCAGCAUAUCUUGGUAGUGAGAGGGAACACUGGGAUCCUAACGCUGUACUGAACGAGGCCAAGUUUGUGCACUUUUCGGAUUGGCCUGUGCCGAAGCCGUGGAUUAAUGAUCCUGAGGUGAGAUUGCAGAAUCAGCCGGAUUGUGCUACGAAUGAGACGACUUGUGCAGAGAGGGAGAUCUGGAAUGGAUUUUAUACGGAUUUCAGGGAUAACAGAGAGAGAGUUUGUGAGUUCACUAUGCUUGGUACUGAUAACAGAAACGGACAGUUUGCCAGCGCUCUUCAGGCAGCUGGUGAACUAUGGGCUUGGCUUUCUGAACUGAUGGUGACAGGGAGGCCUUGGGCGAUGGGAAUUUCUACAGGCUUGAUGGCCAAAGUCAGCAUGCAGAACAGCCUUCCGGGUCCGGUCUUGGACUCCUCCUCAUAG